GGAGUCCGGGAACACAUCGAAGUGAGUGGACCACCGAGUGACAGGGUGAGCAUCGUUGGGCCUAACCGUACACUGUUAUGUGUAGUGAUUACAGCGAGUCGUCCAAUCGACACGGCGAAUUGACGGGCGCUUGCGGUUAUCGGUGAAACGAGGUAACAAGCCUAGACGUGCGGGUCUCGUGUGUGCCUCCGUCGUUGAGAUCGUCACUUUGUUCGUGUUCGCUAAAGGCCGCCAGCCAACGCCAGUAGCGACACCUCUGUAUGUGAAGCAGCGGCUAUUAUUGAUGCUGCUGCUACUGCUUUCCACUACUUCUACUGCCGCUGUUACGAUUCCACAAUUAUUUAAAUUACACUACAAAUACGUAUUGCUAUAACAACUGACCGCGUGUGCUCUGUGUGCGUGUAUGUGUGCGUAGAAAUAACUCUUAAACUCGCGGACUUAAUUUGUCCGUGUUGCUGCUCGCCAAACAGGAUUCAUGCUACUGUUAGCCCCUUCGUUGUGGUGUUACUACCCCUUUCGUUCGUCUGGGUGCUGUUGUGUGAUUGACUGACGACUGUGUGUUUUUGUGAACAAGCGACGGCCACUGAAGAAAGGACAGUGAUUAGUAACAUUAAUAGCAGCAGCAGCAUCAGGCGUCGGCAAUACCAAAGCAGUUAGGCAGCAAUCGAGAGGCCGAUCAAGUGCCGUAAUGCGAAUAACUAAAACCGCUAACGUUGUGUUGAGCCGCUUGGCUCGCAAUUGCCGCCGUUGACUAGUGUUGAUCGGUGCCAUCGGGGUUUAUUAGUCUUUCGGGCCUGAUUCAGUGGGGGUUCGUGUAAGUUCGGUGAGUUCGGCGUCGCCCGCUCGGGACGACGGUAACGGGCGGGGAAAGGCUGCUACCGUUGUUGCACGGGAACCGUCGUAACAGAAGCGGUCGACGGAUAGACAUGACGUUUACCUGUGUUUGUCUUCAUCGCGGUUCUCCAUUGUCUGCACCAACAACAACAAUAACAACAACAACAAAAUCGUUGUCGAGUAUCGCCAAUAACAACAACAACAACAACAAUAGUGGUAACAUCAAUAACAAUAGGAAUACGGCCUACGGCUUGGCGUACGGGAAAACGAAAACUUCUGAAGCCGUCAACGUCCUCGUCGUAGCUGUUGUUGGCUGACACGAAGAAGGAACACAAAAAAGAAACAAGAAGGCCACGACCAUCAAAGAGUAAUCGAGUGUCGUCAUUCCCGCGUCGCGCCUAACAACGAAUUGAAGAAGAAUACUGAAGAAGCGCUGAGUAAACUCUAGUUACAGAAGUUUGUCGGUGAGUUUUCGCGGGGCAGUUUUUCAUGCCGAACGUGAUAACAUCGAUUGUAUUUUCGUCAUAAGGUACACUUACGCGACAUCGAACAACGCCAGAAUCAGGCGGCGCCUGCCGUAAUGUCGGGUGUCGUAGCGGCGCCCGACGAGGGCGGCACUACAGGUGGUGGCAGUAAUGGCCAAACAACGUCCCCGGUAGGCGAACACCCUACGACAAAAGACAACAGUACUAGCCCAGGCUAUCAGGACAGAACUUCUGGAACGUCUUCUCGAACAGCGAUCGCGAGCUUAACAGCCACAGGAGUUGCGGGGGCUACUUCAGCAGCAGGCGAGUCAACGGGAUCUAGAUCCUCCACCACCCCAGCAGAAUCCGGACCAGCGGCAACAUUAACAGAAACAGCUACAGCCACAACCGUGACCACUACAACAACAGCAUCAACUGCACCAACGAUAGCAAAAGCCGAGAGAGGUGCUCAGGACAGUGGGGACUCAACAGGCAGCACGGGUGACCAGGAAAAUAGUAGCCCAAAAGGCCAACAACAACAGCAGCAGCAACGGGAUAAUGCUUCAGAGUGCAGUGGUUCCAGUGUGGCUGGCGGAACGAGCGCUUCUUCAACAAUUGUUUCUGUGGCAGUUGGCUGUACCGUUAAGGUUGUGGGUGGAUGUGUGGAAGCUGAUGAAUCAGCUGGAGCAGGCUCUAGCCGAGGUAACACUGGGGCGUCCCUUAGUGUUGGCUCUGCUGUAGCCACCGUGCCACUAGCCACGGACGCUGAAAACGUGGCAUCUCCCGCGACAACGGCGGGAGCCGAAACUUCAGGCGUUUCAAGCGGUGAAAGUUCUGCAGCUGUAUGCGACAACGCGACCGAUGUGAACCAAGAAGGACAAGGUGGCGUAGGAGUAGGUGUCAAUGAAGGUUCAGAUGGCGGUGCGACAGCAGGACAGGGCGAUAAUCUGGGAAACGGUGGUGGUAGUACACAAAGUGGCGGCGUAAAUAAUGCUGCAAGUGGAACGAACCAGGUGGGCGGCCAAGCUGGGACACAAUCAACUGAGCAAUCUGUACGGCGACGAGUGAAGCUCUAUUUGCUAAACGCGGAACGACAGUGGGACGACAAGGGUACGGGAUAUGUGAGCUCGCCCUUCGUCGAAUCCCUUGGAGGCAUCUCGCUUGUUGUUCGUGCCGAAAUUGAUGGUUCUCUCCUUCUCGAGUCAAAGGUGCAAGCGGAAACUGCGUACCAGCGGCAGCAAGGGACUCUGAUUGUGUGGUCUGAAGGAGACAACUAUGACCUUGCUUUAAGCUUCCAGGAGCGCGCAGGAUGCGACGAUAUUUGGAAAACGAUCUGCCAGAUACAGGGACGGGACCCUUCAGUCGACAUUACUCAAGAGGUGGUCGAAAGCGAAGAUGAAUGUCCCGAUGGGCAAGCAACACUUGGCGGACUUAACUCGAAUUCACGUGCGAUGAUGCUUCCAGCCGCAGAGAUUGCGCACCUCGGCGAAAUUGCUAAGAUUCUUCAGGAAUGCUUACCAUUCCCCAUGCGCCGGGACAGUGUGGCAUCCGCUAUCGAGGCGGACGACUACAUCACGAAAUUGCUCGAUGUGUUCGCCGUGGCUGAAGAUCUCGAGGACCUCGAAUCGCUCCAUACACUCUAUAAUAUAUUCAAGUCGAUUCUGCUGCUCAACAAAAACGCACUGUUAGAUGUCAUGUUUACAGAGGAAAACAUAAUGCAGGUUGUGGGUGUCCUUGAAUACGAACCGAACAAACCGCGUGCACGGCACCGCGAGUACCUCAGUGCAAGAGCCACUUUCCAUCAGGUGAUUCCGUUCUCGGAUCCGGAACUGACCGCCAAGAUUCAUCAAACGUACCGUGUUCAGUAUAUCCAAGAAGUAGUCUUACCUACACCAUCAAUCUUCGAGGAGAAUAUGCUGUCAUGUCUGAGCAGUUUCGUAUUCUUCAAUAAGGCCGACAUCGUCUCGAUGCUACAGGAGGAUCGGCACUUUCUUGAUCAGUUAUUCAGCCAGCUACGACAGGAUACAUCGGUGGAGCAAAAACGAGAUUUGGUCCUAUUCCUCAAAGAGUUCUGCAAUUUUUCGCAGACGCUGCAGCCGCAAUGUAGGGAACCAUUCUUCAAGGCUCUUUUUGCACUUGGUAUCCUACAGGUGAUGGAGGCGACGCUUCAGAGUGAGGACGCAGCAAUAAAGGCCGCUUCAAUCGACAUCCUAUCUUAUCUCGUUGACUUCUCUACAGCAAUGGUUCGGGAAUACUGUUUAGACCAGUACCAGACGACGUGUGGCGAUAAUGAACGCCUGCUUAUGGAUAUAAUUCUUCGGCAGAUCUUAGCAGAUCCCCAACCAGAUACGGGCGUGGCUGUACAGUUGGCCGGGAUACUUCGUAUGCUACUUGAUCCUGAGACGUUUGCUCCAAACGAGAACAAAAAUUCAUUUUUAGGGCUGUUCUACAAAUAUUCAAUGCAUGUCCUUACUGACCGAAUUAUCGAGCAACAUCGAUCUCCACCGCCAGGGUUUCCGCUAUCAGCAGGUCGUGCAUCGUUACUUGCGCACAUAAUUGAAUUUCUCUCGUUUUGCGUUGAGCAUCAUGGCUAUCACAUCAAAAACUACAUAUUGCACAAGGACUUACUACGAAGGGUGCUGGACUGUAUGAAAUACCCCAGACAUCUCCAUCUUGCGCUAUGUGCUCUCCGGUUUGUCCGUCGAAUCGUUGGUUUGAAAGAUGAUUUUUAUAACAGACACAUCGCCGUUAACUGCCUCCUACGACCUGUAGUUGAUGCACUCAAACGCAACAGCAGUCGUUAUAAUUUGUUAGACUCAGCCAUUAUCGAACUGUUCGAGUUUAUCCGGGCCGAAGAUAUUGCAUUACUUGGUGUUCAUGCUGUUGAGCACUUUUCCAAGGAAUUGGACUCGAUUAGUUACGUACCGACGUUCCGCGCUUUGCGAGCCAAGUUUGAAGAGCCGACAGCGUCCCUCCCUCUCGAGUCAUCAGCGGGAAAUCGCGGUGUAGGUGCUGGACUAAAAAUGGGGACAGGAGCGGACGGUCUGAAGGUUGUGCCAUCAAUAGAUGGCAGUUCUCUGCCGCCAGCAGCGGGUCUUCAACAACAGCAGCUUCAACAGCAUGGUACUUCAGAUCAGGUGCUCCACAGUAGCAGUCGUUUCAAACGCGACCCACGGCAAAUUGAUGACGAUGAAGAAAAAUGGUUCGCUGCAGACGACGGCGAAGAUGACGACCCCACGGCGGCUGGCGGGCCUAACUCGACUGUCGGUAGUGGAAUUGCAGCGGCCGCAGGUGGACAAUGUGGCGGCGAUGAGUCACUCACGGGUGACGAUGAUGGAAACGGCAGACUCAACAUCGGUGAUGGUGGAGCACUAACUCUUCAGGGCGGUAGUAAUCAUCGAUUGCAGCAGCAUGUGGCUAUGAACAAUAAUAAUAACAACAAUGCCUCAGUAAAACUCGUCGACUACGAGCCGGACGAAGAUAGCGAUGAUGAACCACCGAACGCUAUCAGUGUGACGGAGAACAGUCUGAGCAGCAGUGAUUCUACGGGCGACGGAUCAAGUCAUUCACCAAAAGUAGAAGCUAUCAUAAAUGAGACUCCUCCAGCAUCGACGACCGCGAGUACAACUGUUACAACGACGACCGCCACUCUUCGAAUAGCUGUUGGCGGUGCUGGCGGUGGUGGUGGCGGCGGCGGCGGUGCCGCUGCUGCUGCUUGUAUCGACAGCAGUAGCCCGGAACCCAACAACGAGCAGCAGCAAGAACAAGGAGAGAUUGCGGCACUUGCCAACAUCACCAGCGGGUCAACGGCAGAUAGUGCCGCGAGUUGUGUAGUGACGUCCGAAACCUUCCGGGACGACAACGAAGGAGAUCAACCGCCGGCGAAAAGGCUGCGCAUAUCCGGUGAUGGACCAACAGAGAGAAUAGAAACCACAGCAAACACAAUACCAGUUGGUGCUGAAAGAAGCGUAAAUGAUGGCAAUACGAUGAACCGGAACGUCUACAGUGGCAACAGUGAAGGAGCUAAUAGUCGACUAGCGGACAGUGGCAGCAAUUCAGCUAGAGAGCUAAAGGAAACUGAUGGACAGCAACCACCGUUAACGAAUGCAGUCGGCACCGAAACAGGGUGUAGUUCGGAUGCACUUGCAGGUGAGCAGAUGGACACGACCUCGAAUGGAGUAAGAGUUCCCGCUGCCGACAUCUCGAGUGGUGCCGGCAGUGCGUUACCUGGGGCUUCCAUUAGCACAGGAACAGCUGGCGGCAGUCAGGUCGUUCCUGGGGAAGAACGGAAGAAUGACCAAUGAAAGUUUCACGAAUAGGGCGACGGGAAAUGUCAUGCAAUCGCUGUGCAGUCGACAGGCAUUGGUUAGCGGUACAUCCUGACGCAGCCACGUUCGAGUUUCAGUAAACGGUAUACGACUGGCAACAAUUAUAAUUCUACGUUUACCGCUCAUAGAAAAUAGGGCAGGCAGCCUGGCCGCACGCAAAACAGCUGACAGCAAAAAGCUGAAACUGGCAAAUUUGCGUUAGACGCUUUCCACAACCACACGAGAAGAGGGUAGACACCUAACAAAAUACAUGCAUAUAGAGCAUCCGUAAUAAGCCUAAAAUUAUUAUAAUUCUACUCUAGAGGUUGAGAAAACAAACCUAGAUUAUACGCGUCACGCUAUUCAGUUUGAGUCUAUUCUAUGCUGUUCGGGUUCUGGACAUUUUGAAAUCGAUCAAUGACAACGUAUACAACCGAACCAACAAUGCACGUUCACCUUGACAUAGAGAUACGUAUAACAUGCAUUAUCACACUCAUACACACAGAGUUACGCGACCAGGCAAACAAACGGAUAAACAGACAGACAAAAACAAAUAGAGCGACAGAAAACCAAAAUCACGCGGAAAACCCCGCCGUGUUCUGUAUAAAAUCGUCUGCAUAGUUUUGAAUUUGUUUAGAAUUGUGCGUAAACUUUGAAUAACUUUAUGAUACGUAGAGUUAGCGGAUAAGUCGUAGUAAUAUUAUUAUAUAGAAACGAAGUACGUGAACCAACGUGGACACAGAGUUAUUUGGGGCAUAGGUGGUCGUGGUCGCCUUAUCGAACGGCAAAAAUAGGUAAAAUGUUUCUCGUUUGAUGACAUUGGCAAGACUGAACUGGGAAAUGGAAAGGCAAAGAAGACAGGUAGAUUUUUGUUGACGACCAGUGAAACAAAACCAACAAGCCAAUAUUUAUCGACGACAAUAAUAGUAAUGAUAAUAAUAAUAUGGAUAGAAUGAAACAAUAAUAUCAGCAAUGAUAAGAAUCAUAAUAGUGGUUUAAUAUAGUAAUUAUGUGAUUGGCUCGUGGCUCGAGGGGAGCGUAACAAUUCUCAGGGAUGACGGUAACGAAACGAGGAUAAUUAAAUGCACAAGAAAGGUAAAAAAAUGCAUAAGCUCAUUACAUAUGAAUACAAACGAGUAACGUAACGCCACAAAGUGGGACAACGAGGGCGACAAUAGUUAGCGUAAUGAGACAUACAAAAUCGAAAAAAUCCACAAAUAUACUGUUCUAAUGCAGACACCGUAACAAAAUGUCAUCACGAUAGCAUUUUUCGGUGUAUUGUCAUCAGACUGACAGGAAGAGAGAAAGGCAGCGAGCAACUUUAAGAAAAAAAUUUAUUUCGAAGAGACAAAUCAGACGAAACACAGCUUAGCCAUAAUCGUGUGUGAUCAUCAGAAUAACUGUUCAGGCUGAUCGAUCGACAAGCGUUACAAGAUUUAUCUAAUUCGGAACAGUUGCGUCAAACGACGAUAUCAAUUGAAUACGAGUUGAUUAAUUGAUCAAAUAUUGUGCUAUCAUUGCUGUUUUAUUCAUUAGUCAAUCAUCAGUCUCAGCCAUUCUCGUCAGUUCUUUGUAAUUAAAAAUCACUUGAAUUCAAAAAACCUACUAGAAUUCAUUGAGGUACAAACAACAAAGAAUUAUAAUAAUUGUUUAUAUUCUCGUAUCCUGCGACGAAAGAGUUCCUCAACGAUCUUUUUUACAUAUUCGGAUACUCGUACAUAUCUGCACACAAGAGAUACAUUAAACACAUUCACAGAAAAACAGUCGCCCGUGCGCAGAGAACACCUCCAACCAAUAGAGGUUUACACAUAAUGAGUUUCAUUGUUAAGAUCAUGUUUACCUUUUUGUUUGUGUACAUGUCCAUUACUGGCAUAUCGUAGGUUUUUGCUUGUGUCGUUUUUGACUACUUUUCUUUUGUGUUUUUGAGCUCUGUGCGGUAUUAUGCUUGCCGUUUAGUCUGAUUGUCGUCGUUUUCGCCGUUGUUUGUCCAGUGAAAAAUUGUUGAUCUACUAUAGUAUGAUUAAUAAUAAUAGCAGCUAUACAUGAAAACUGAUAGCUAGCUACAAGAAAAAAAUGCAAGAGAUCAUCACACAUCGAGAGAGAGAAGGGAGAAAGAAAGACAUGAUGGCAGAUAGUUAUAUAUAUAUAUAUAUAUAUAUAUACAAAAUAUAUAUAUAUACAAUUAUAUAUCACACAGCAUGUGUGAUUAAGUAAAGUUUUAAUUAUAUAUCGGGAAGCGACUUAGAAAAAUAGAAAGCAGGGGCAAAAUAGAAGGAAAAGUAAAACGAGUGUAUCGUAUUAGACUGAACGUGAUUGUGAACACAUUUGCUGCGUGGUUAGCAAGUUAGAGAAGCAGGCGGUUAGAUUUGGAUUGGCUGGCUUCGAGUUAAGCUGUUUUUUGCAACCCGGGAAAAAAGGGGGGACCUGUGGUAAUGGUGGCGAUGUAAGCAAAGGAAACGGGAGAGAUGGAGCAAAGGACGUACGAAUAAGCGAUAAUAAUAACAAUUAUAAUAAAACAAUGCUAAUAAUUAUAAUAACGAUGAUAAUGAUACAAAAAACGGUUUUGCUGCGGUGGCCGCUGCUGCUUCUGGUAACGGCAAACAAAUGAAUGGUCAAAAAAAUGUGGACUUUGGUGGAUGGAUGGAUGGUAAUAAAUGGAAGCUUGACAGAGCACCCGUAAGGAGAGAUGAUCACUAAAAAUGAACGAUGAAAUAAUGAAACUAAUGAAAGGAAAUAAUGAAGUGGUGGCGAAAAGUGUCGAAUCGAUGCAGAUGUACAGAUAGAAAAAAUGUAUCCGCCAUUAACAUUGCAAAAGCUGCUGCUGCAGACAUAAAGCUAAUUUCACUGUGUAUGUUGAAGAUGGAAGUAAGAUACUUCCAACCAAAUGCGCGAACUGUAGUUGUGUAGACGAAACCGUGCACUUGUAUAAUUGUACCAUUGAUUUAAAAUACAUUUCUUGAUACAUAUAAACAUAUCAACUAGUGUGCUUGUUGUCGUGUUUAUGGUAGAUUAGGCAAAGGUAUAAUAAAGAGAAAUGAUUGCAGCAGUAAUAAAAUGAAAGGCCGCUAAGUAGUUAAAAAUAACGAUAAUAGUGGUAGUAAUAAUAAUGUUUUUAUUUCUCGUAGAAGAACUUGUUGGCAUUGAACAGGACUAGCAGUUGAUUUCGUUUUCAUUGUGGCUUCGAUAACACGGCAGACAUUUGCAUUAUAAACGCCUAUUAUCAAGGUACAUUGUACGGCAAGAAAAAUUGUUUGCAGGUAGCUUUUAAAAGUACUGAUUAGGAAGAGAUAUAAAAGAAUACAAACAAGAUGUCUUUCUAAUAUAGCGUAUUUGUUAGAACAUUGCGAUAUUUUCGCAAUAGUUUGCAUGACUGACCUAUUCAGAAUAGAAAACUGCUUGUUGUCCACAGCUGUCUGAACUCCGCAGAACUUACCUUCUACACUUUCUCUACAUAUCCUUUCUUUAUUCAGCUCUAUAAGAAUAGAGCCUCCUACAACUGUAUAAUGUUUUAAAAAACUAGGACUCGCUCAACUGGCGACUUUCCGUUAUCAACAAGCAAUAGAGCGUUCGAGCGACGCCAACACGCUCCGUGGGUACAAGCUAAGUUGCGCUACUAUACAGAAAUAUUGAAACUAUUGUUUUUGAUUUGUGUUGGUUUUAAUGGAAAACCAUAUCUUUCACUAUCGUGGGUAUAUGGACGAACAAGCUGCACUACUCUGAACAGUUGAAUUCCGUUGACUUUUCUUAGAUUAUCUAGUUCAUGUAUUACUUAUGUUCCAGAGGCGCAGGUCAUAUUAAAAAGCAGUAAAGAUCUAUUUACCUUUGUAUUUUUAUUUUACUUUUCGCGUAUUUGUGUGAUAAUCUGAAAAA